AUGGCCGACUGGUCUGAUGAAGGCUCGGAUGAUCUGUGUGAACUCAACGACGACAACAGCUUCGUUCAGAUGCUUCUUGAACCGAAUAACGCGCAGCUGCAGCGAUCGUUUUUUCCUGUUUCACCUCCACUCGAAAGUCGUGAAAUGCGGUUUUUCGCCUCGCCAUCAUCAUGUUCUAGUGACCCCGGUGACCGGCUGUUGAAAGUGCCUUUCAGUGCGAUCGUCAGUGACGAUCAAAAGCACGUAGGGAGUUCGGUGAACUUCAACUGCGAACACGGCGAACGGUUUUGUACCCUAGGUUAUUCGACUCAGGUUUCGGCUCACCCACAAAAGGCCAACUACGAGGGAUGUCCACAGAGGAACGAUAUUCAGUCAAUAAUGGGUUCACCAGGGAACUGUCCUAUUCUGCUGAAGAUUCCGUCGGAGCAGAGAACGCCAGUGCAGGACCACUGUGGCGAAAGAGUAUGGUCGCGUCCACUUCAUCUCGUUGCCAAUGGAGUUCAUGGAGACCGUGCUACUUUGCAGAAUAAGGCGUGGUUAAAAUUCGAUGUUAAUAGCGUCGAUUCGGCGUGGGACUCUGGCCCUGAUCAAUGUAGGCCAGAUGCGACCAGUUCUUACGUGGUACCAAAUACCUACCAUCAAAGCGAACCUUGCAUCAGGCCAGCGGUUGUGGACCAUGAUGACCAGCAGUCACAUGACGCUGCUACAGAAAUUAUGAAUUCAUGGCGCAGAGUCACGACGCCUGAAGUCGUGCCUGAAAGCCCCAUUGAACAUAUAAGUGAUCCAGACGAAGAUUCGUUCCCCAAAGACCUCAAUGAUUCUUCAACGAAAACAGGCGAUCUUGCAAAUGUCGAAGUCAUCACUUUGAGCGAUGACGACGAAAACACAGGACAAAAGAUCCCACAUGACCUCAGUGCCAGCAUUAACCAACACAAUGCCGCUGUCCGUUCUGCGUUCAUCUCAAGUAGUGAAUCAUAUCCGUCGCAAGCUCACGUAUAUCCGCCUAAUAAUUCUUUACACGAGCUUAUGAACAGAGAAGAUGGCUACAGAUCGGUCGAGGUCAUCGACAUCACUGACUCUGAGUCUGAUCGUGACUCAAACUCUGGUGAUUCUGCUGACGUGUCGGUUGUUGGGUUUCAGUGUAUUAACGCCAGCAAAACGAAUGCGAACGGUUCGCUCGGUUCAAGGACACCAGCCAGCGGCAGCAGACGCAAGCGUUCUUUGCGGCCAGAUUUAAUGAGAGGUACGCUAAGGGGUGUGUAUAUCUGUUCUCUGUGCUGCUAG